AUGGAGUUUGAAUUUGACACACAGGUCUUCAGCAACAUCAAAUCCGGCCGAGCGGUUCUCGCCUCCGACUCGGUCUUAUACGACGCAAUGAAGACCAUCAUCGACGGCUAUUUAGGGAACUCCUCCGCUUUCGCCGCGGAUUUCACGCAAUGGUGCACAGAGAGUCUUGAAGCUUUAAAGAGAGAUGUUUCAACAAUGGGUGAAGUGGACGAUGAGGUCAAGAGGAGCAUUAAGAGGGCCAAACAAGGUGCAAUCAAAAUUCUCGAAGGAGGACAUAUAGGUCUCACCGCGAUUUCGCCAGAGGAAUGA